UCAUUUUAAUGUGUUUUCUGGAAAGUAUAGGGGGAUUACAAAGGACAUUUCUUUACACUGACAAAGGUGGGUGCUGGAAAACCCUACCAAAGGAUUUGGUGGAGGCAGAUUCAUUAGGGUGAUUUAAGAAACUCUUAGAUAGGGGCCCCUGGUGGUAGAUAACUGGAGGGCUAAGCAGGAGGGAAGGGUUCGAGUUUAGUAGGUUAGAACAUUGCACAACAUUGUGGAUCGGAGGGCGUGCAUUGUACUGUAAUAUCGUAUGUUCUGUGUUCAUGCAGAUAGGAUUGGUGUGGAGAGCUAUGGUUGGGUUGAGUUAGUCUCCGAUCUUGGCGAUUUCGUCGCAAACGUUUCGUCACCAUACGAUGAACCAUCAUCGGUGACUAGGGAGGCUGCUACUCAAGAUGGAGCUGAUAAAUUUUAACAUUUUCUGGAGCUUCUUUUGAUCUCUUGUAGUAGCACCUCAUCCCCAACCAUACUAAACAGUGAUUCAGACUGUCAGAAUGUUCUCCACACUACAUCUAUAGAAGUUUUUGAAUGUUUUAGGUGACAAACCAAAUCUCAAAUUCAUUCUGAAAUAUUGCUGCUUAAUAGCUGCAUCAAUAUGUUGGGUCAAGGUUAGAUCCUCAGAGAUCUUGACAUCCAGGAACUUGAAACUGCUCACUCUCUCCACUUCUGAUCCCUCUGUGAGGAUUGGUCUGUGUUCCCUCAUCUUACCCUUCCUGAAGUCCACAAUCAGCUCUUUUGUCUUAAUGACAUUGAGUGCAAGUUUGUUGCUGUGGCACCACUCCACUAGUUGGCAUAUCUCGCUCCUGUACGCCCUCUCAUCUCCAUAUGAGAUUCUACUAACAGUGGCUGUAUUAUCAGCAAAUUUAUAGAUGGUAUUUGAGCUAUACCUAGCCACACAGUCCUGGGUGCAGAGGGAGUACAGCAGUGGGCUAAGAACAUAAGACAUUUUGGACUGUAUUUUCUACAGACUUUUUAAAAAACCUUUAUGUGUGUGUGCGUGUGUCUAUAUAUAUACACACACACACAUAUAUAUAUAUAUAUAUAUAUAUAUAUACACCUUAUAUCUGCUGGAAGAACUCAGCAGGUUUCAAUAUCCAUAAUUGCUUUUCUGUAAGAUGCUGCUGAUUUGGUUGAGUUGUUCCAGCAUACUGUUUCUUGAUUUUUAUGCAUAGGUUGAAUCUGCGUUUCCUUUAUUAUAACAGUCAUUCGUUCAACUAGUAAUUUCGGCGAUCUGAGGCCGGGAACAAGGCAUUGUGAAAACAUUUAAUAAUUUCCGUUCAUGGCGGCAGUGUUGGACCAGAAUUCGCAGCGAACCAGAAAGCGCCCCGCCAGCCGGUGGGAAAAGCCGCCCGCGCAUGCGCACACGGCGGCGGCUCUUCCUACGGCCGGACCUGCUGUGCGGAGGCUUCCGGGAGCUUGGCGGCAGAGUCCAGAACGAGCAGAGGAUCUGUCCAUGGGAAUCUCAUCAGUCACAUCAGAUCUGCGGUGUCAUUUCACCACAGGAGGUGGUUGUCUGUUUAAUUUCUGAGAAGAGGUUACAAACCCCAAUAAGGCAGUGAGAUUUACACUCCUAAGUGAUUGACCAUAGCCAGAAACGAUAGCACACCAACUGAAGCAAGGAGAAAUCAAACAUGUUGGGUGGGGAAAGCUUUUGAUGGUAAGAAAUGUUGAAAAUUAUCUUCAAGCUUAUCUCGAGGACUGAGCGACUAUUUUCCUGAUCAAAGCAAGAUAUCACUUGUCAUUCCCUGGAAAAGAGACCGUUUCCCAAUAGCAACUGGAAAUUCCGCAUCCGUUUUGUGGAUGGAAUGAAAUUCUCUGUUUAACUGUCCCGUUGAAACUCACAUUGUUUUGAACGUUGGCAGCCCGGAGGCAUCUGCUCCAAGCGCGGGGAGGCUUUGCCAUGUCAGCUCACAUGGUAGCAAUCCAGCCAGUUCACACCAAGGAGAGGCCGUUCACCUGCUCUGAGUGCGGGAAGGGAUUCACUCACUCGUCCAAGCUGAAGAGACACCAGCAGGUUCACACCAAGGAGAGGCCGUUCACCUGCCCAGAAUGUGGGCAGGGAUUUGCCCGUUCAUCUGAGCUGCUGGUACACCAGCGAACUCACACAGGGGGGAGUGUGUUCACCUGCUCCGAGUGUGGGAAGGGGUUCACUCACUUAUCUAAGCUGAAGAGACACCAGCAAAUUCACGCCAAGGACCGGCCGUUCACUUGCUUAAAAUGCGGGAAGGGAUUCGUCCAGUCUUCCAACCUACUGGCGCACCAGAGAGUUCACAGUGGGGAGAAGCCCUUCACCUGUGCUGAGUGCGGGAGGGGAUUCACUUAUUCGUCCAAGCUGAUGAGGCACCAGCAAUUUCACAGCAAGGAGAGGCCGUUCACCUGCUCCGAGUGUGGGAAGGGAUUUAUUCGGUCGUCUGAGCUGCUAAACCACCAGAGAGUUCACAGUGGGGAGAAGCCGUUCACCUGCUCCGAGUGUGGGAAAGGCUUUAAUUACUCAUUCAAGCUGAUGAGGCACCAGCAAGUUCAUAGCAAGGAGAGGUUGUUCACUUGCUUGGAGUGCGGUAAGGGAUUUAUUCGGUCGUCUGACCUCCUGCUGCACCAGCGAGUUCACACGGGGGAGAAGCCGUUCACUUGUUCCGAGUGUGGGAAGCGGUUCACGCGGUCGUACAGCCUGACGAGACACCGGCAAGUUCACACUGGGGAGAGGCCUUUCGUUUGCUUAGAGUGUGGGAAGGGAUUCACGGAGUCAUCUCAGUUGCUGGUACACCAGGUGUCUCACACCGGGGAGAGGGCCUUCACCUGCCUGGAGUGCGGGAAAAGGUUCGUUCACUCGUCCCACUUGCUGACCCACCAGCGGAUUCACACCGGGGAGAGGCCGUUCACCUGCCCGGUGUGCGGGAAGGGCUUCACUUGGUCGUCGCACCUGCAGAUACACCAGCGAGUUCACACCGGGGAGAGACCUUUCACUUGUCUGGAGUGUGGGAAGGGGUUCAUCCACUCAUCCCACCUGCUGACCCAUCAGAGAGUUCACACUGGAGAGCGGCCUUACACUUGUGCCGAGUGUGGGAAGGGGUUCACACAGUCCUCGUACCUAGUCAAUCAUCAGCGUGUCCACACUGGAGAGAGGCCAUUUACUUGCUCCAAGUGUGGGAAGGGGUUCAAGCAGCUCUCCAAUUUGCUGACGCAUCAGAUCGUUCACACCGGAGAGAAGCUGUUCGCCUGCUCCGAGUGCGGGAAGGAAUUCACUCGAUCGGCCUACCUUGUGACGCACCAGCGAGUUCACACCGGGGAGAGGCCGUUCACCUGCUCCGAGUGCGGGAAGAGAUUCAUUCAGUCAUCCCACCUGCUGAAGCAUCAGCGAGUUCAUCUGGGGAAAAAGCUUGAACACUCCGAACACUGAACACUUACCUGGGAUAGCUUCUGAAAGGAAGGGAACGUCACAAGGGACUGCUGGUAUUGGAUUCUGUGGUAUUGGAGUCUUGUUCCUGGUACCUAGGGUUGAACCACGGCCAUCAGGCACAGCUGUAGUUUCUAUCUUCAGUUGUCAGCAACUUGUAAAACUGCAGACUUGUGAAAUUCUGCAGAUGCUGGAAAUCCAAAUCAGCAGACACAAGAUGCCGGAGGAACUCAGCAGGUCAGGCAGCAUCUCUGAAAGUGGAUAAACAGUCAAUGCUUCAGGCUGAGACCCUUCUUCGGGAGAAGAUGCCAGAAUAAAAAGACGUUGGGAAGGGAGGGAGGACAGGCUGGAAGGUGAUGGGUGAAGCCAGGUGUUAGGAGAGGGCUGAGAAGAAGGAAUCAGAGUGAGGAGAGUGGACCGUAAGAGGAAGGGAAGGUGGAGGGGACGUGGGGGAGGUGAGAGGCCACAAUGGCAAAUAGAAGAGGGGAACCGGAGGGGGAAGGGAAAAAGAGAAAUCGAUAUUGAUGCCAUCAGCUUGGAGGGGACCUGGAUGGAAUACAAGGUGCUGUUGCACCCUGAGGAUGGUCUCCUAGCACGUGUCGAAUGGGAAUGUUUGACCACUGGGGAAACUCCACUUUUGGCAGACGGAGCAGAGGUCCUCGACAAAGUGGCACCCCAAAUUACGACGGGUCUCUGGGUACGGAUGUUCACUGGUGAAGUGUCACCUCACCUGGAAAGUCUGAUUGGAGCCCUGAAUGAAGAUGAGGGAGGAGAUGAAUGGGCAGGUGUAGCGUUCUGGUUGCUUGCAGGGGUAAGUG